UAACAUUUGGCUGCUCGACCUAUAAUGUAGUAUCCAAACAUGACAUUUCUGAUUCCAACCACUGUUUGCGCGUGUCUCUCUCUCUCUGUGUGUGUGUGUGUUCUUAUCACAUCCAAAUCAUCCAGCCGGUCGAGACCCAAGCCGGUUCUAUGCUCCUUUUCCACCCAUAUCCAUACGGGCCUUCCCCCAACGCCACAAAACACCUACACUACUCGGCUUGCUGGUUUGCACGAGGCACACCGCCGAGGAAAAGAGAAGAAGCAAAUAAAAUCCACCAAAGAAAUUUUGAUCGGCAAAGAGAUAUGUAUCCCAGGCCUCGGUAACGUUGAGAGGUUUGGUUUCUCUUAGAAUGGCG